AUGUUAUUUUAUGUGUUUUUUAUUCUUCUUUCUUCUUUGAAUUGUUUAACAAUUGAUGAUAAUAAUAAUAAUAAACAAUGUUUAAUUCGUGAUUCUUGUUCAAAUUCAACAUUAAAAUCUCCAUCUAUUUAUAAUGAUGAAAUUUUUAUUCAACAUCGAAAUUGUUUUUGUGAUUCUAUUUGUGAAGAAUAUAAUGAUUGUUGUUAUCCAUCAAAAUUAUCUAAUAGAAAUAAUUAUGAAUGUAUUGAUUUUCUUUCACCAGCAUUUCGUAAAAAAGUUUCUCAAUUUUAUCCAUUAUUUAUAUGGAUGCGUACUAAAUGUUUAUCAAUUUAUAAUGGAUCACUUUCUGAUAUUAAAUGUCAAAAUUUAAAUAAUCAAACAUUUCAAGAUAAUCCAUUAUUAUUUAUUCCAGUUACAAAUACACAAACAAAUAUAACUUAUAGAAAUUAUUAUUGUGCAUAUUGUAAUAAUGAGAAAAAAUCAAAUAUACAAUUUUGGGAAUAUAAAGCAAAUUGUCAUGCUAAUGGAAGUCAUUCUGAUUAUAUGACUUUAGAUAAAGAAGAACAAGUUAAUUAUUAUAUUCAUAAUUUAACACGACAUUGUACAAAAACAAUUAAUUAUCCACGUAUUAAAGGUACUAAUCGACCUUCAGUUUUUAUUCGACCUUGUAAAAAUUCACUUCCAUCAAUAUGUCUUUUGGGAACAUCAACUGAUUUAGCUCGAAAUUGUUCACUAUCGAGUACUGCUUAUCGUUAUGAUAUUAUUUCAAAUAUUAUUUAUCGUAAUCCUUAUUGUGCAGAAUGUAAUAAUAUAAAUAAUAAUAAUAAUAAUAAUAAUAAUAAUAUUACAUGUACGGAUCCAGAUUUACGUUCAAGUAUAUCUCCAAUGAAUCAAGUUCGUGUUCCUUCAUUAUCAAUAUUAUUUGAUCCAAAUCUUCUUGAACGUUAUUUAAAUUAUGAUUUUGAUAAUAAUUCAACAAUUCAAAUGAUCUAUUCAUUAAGUUAUAAUUGUUUAAAACCGAAUGAACGUUAUAAUUUACUUUUAAAAAAAUGUUCUCAAAUAAUAAAUUCAACGAAACCAAUAAUUAUUUCAAUGAAAUGUUCAUAUCCAAUACAAAUAUCAGAAGAUUAUAGUCAAUAUAGUAAUGGAAGUUUAUAUAUUAAUGAUCAAUCAAUUCUUUUAAAUAAAAAUCAAUAUAUAUUUAUUAGUAAUUAUCAAAUUGUUUUUUGUCCUGAUCAACAGAAACAAAAUCGACCAAUAUUUUCAUCUUAUCGUAAUAUCUUAACAAUUAUUUGUACAUCAAUAUCACUUGUUUGUCUUGUUAUUUUUACAAUAGCAUUUUGUUUAAUUCCAUCAUUACAUAAUCUUCCUGGUAAAUGUCUUUUAUUUCUUUCGAUUUCAAUAUUUAUUGGACAAUUAUUAUUUAUUUCAACAUCUGAUCUUAUACAAUAUUCUUCAUUUUGUCUUAUAUCAGCUAUUUUAAUUCAUUAUUUUUAUUUAUCAUCAUUUUUUUGGUUAUUAAUUAUAGCUGUACAUAUACAUUCAACAUUUAAUUGUCAAAUUGUUCAACGUAAAAAAAUAAACAAAGAUAAAUAUUAUUUAUUAAUUUAUAAUAUUCUUGUUUGGUGUUUAACUGGUAUUAUUAUUCUUAUUGCAUGUCUUAUACAAUUUAUAAAACCUGAAUCAAAAUUUUCACCUAAUUAUGGAUAUUUAUUUUGUUCAAUAUCAAAAUCAAAUGCAAUGAUUUUAUUUUUUCUUCUACCAAUUGGUUGUUUACUAUUGAUUAUUGCAAUUUUAUUUAUUAAAACUAUUUUAGCGAUACAUCAUUCACAUAGAAUAGCACAAAUAGCAAUGGCAUCAUCAUCAUCAUCAUUAUCGAAUCAUAAUAAUAAUAAUCAUAUAUUUAUUUAUAUUCGUUUAGCAUCAUUAAUGGGUUUACAAUGGACUUUAUUGAUUAUUGCACUUAUUAUUCAACAAACUUGGUCAUGGAUUAUAUUUGAAAUAAUUAAUUCUCUUCCAGGAGUAUUUAUUUGUUUUGGUUUUUUAUUUUCACAAAGACUUUGGAAUAAUAUUAAACAAAGAAUAAUGACAAAAUUAAUAAGUAGACGACAAUCAUCAAGAAGUAAUACAACAUCAAUAACAUUAAUACAAUUACCAUUACAACGAUAA